AAUUCCUCAACAGUAGCGGUAGUCGCACGUGGAAUUAUUAGAGAGUCCGCGUCAUGAGCUUGUAACUUUCAUAAAUCGCCGGAACGUCGGAGGUCGGUAGUUUACAGUGCCCGAGCUCGAGGCUUUGUACCACCCAGCUACCACUGACGUACUUACGACUCCAAUUGAAAACGUCAUGGGGGGAGUCCAUCCUUCCUCAACCCAAUAAGACCACCUCCAUGACCGCAACUUUGUGAGCUUCGCGAAGCAGGAUUUUGUUUCUUCAAAAACUAACUAUCCGAAAUCUGCGAGUACAAUAUUGCUAGCCGAAAUCCACAUCAUGGGCGUCUCUCUGUCUACUGCCAAAUGGUUGGCUCCGCUAUCCUUUGCCGUCGACUUUGCAGCUCAAAACUACGGCAUGCUUAGCACCCCCAAUAUGAAGGAUGUUCAUGACGCCAACCUGUCAUUUUGGUCGCCUCAGCCUUUCUUCAUUGCUGGAUUCUUCUUCCCUCAGCAGCUUUUCCAGCUUGCCUGGCUAUAUCGCCUGUAUAAGGCAGACCCCAAAGUAGAGCCCAUGGCCCCCGAUGUAGGCACCAUGAUUGACUUCGCCCCCUUCUACGCUGUUGGGAACUUCUGUAUUGCUACAUGGAUGAUCUUUUGGAACAGAUCUGACCUGAAGGUUUCAAACAUCUUUGUCGUCAUUAAUAGCCUUGCUCAACUGUACUUCAUCUUCAAUCGUCUUCCGCCCAUGAACACAAAGUCUGUCAACUCGGUUCUUACCCACGUCGUUGCAAAAACCUUUGCUGGUAUCGGCGUGUUAGACCUGCUACACAACGGCUCGGUUGCAUACUAUGUUCACCAGCAGCCAACUACCACUGUCAAGGUUCUCACCGGAGUCGGCUUCGGAUUGUUGUCGAGCAUCAGUGAUUGGAUCUUUGGAGGCUGUCUAGUUUACGACCUAAUUGCGCUGUCAGUCGGUCAAUCGGCCUACGGCAACGCCGGCUGGAGCAGGCUUCUCGGCAUCUACGCCGGUGGAGCUGCAGCCAUUGUUGGCGCGCGUAAUCUCCUGAGACCGCCAUACGUUAGUCAAUCUGCAGUCGGAUACCAGCCUCUUUAGAGCGCUCGGUUGGACUCUUGGUUGUAUCUGCAAGCCACCUCACAGGAGACUGGGAUCGGAUAUGGAAUUGUAUUAAUAGCACUAAUGAUUCUAUAAUAUUAUUAUAUUCCCUUUUGCGGCACAAU